GCGGCAGACCGGCCGGCACUUCGUGUACCGUCGUCGCGUCGUACGGACGUGUUGUUCGUCGUCUUUCUUUCCUUUCGCAAGGAUCUCCUAGCAGUAUGACACUCGUAAUCAAAACUUUACCCGAAAACGUACGUCGAUAGUAGUUAUUGCCAUUCGAAAACGAUUCGGUUCUCGUUUAAAUAAUUAACUCGCGUUAAUUUCGCCAAGGAAUUCGUAUCGUUAUAUCCAAAGAAUGCGAUUCGGGAAAAAAGAGAUUCGAACGAUGAUUCGGAAGUGAAUGGAAGAACAGUGUCUUUUAUCUAUAAUUAAGUGUAAAGUGCCUGUAGAGAAUUAUCUUAUUUAAAAUAAAAAGUAUCGAAGAUGGAGCCGCGAUAUUCAUCGGAAAGAGUCCGGUUUUUAAUAACCGCCAGAUGUCCCUCUCUCGGUUGGAUCACUGGCGGGAACGAUCGUUUCAUAAGCGUCGCGAACUUGUGACGGUUGACCGGUGGUGUCGGUCUCGGCGUUCGAGUGUUCCAAAUCCUAUUCUUUCGGGUUCCAGUGUUAUGUGUGAAUGUGCCGACUUGAUUUCGGGUUUGAGAAAUCAUGCCGUUCGUGCUACGAAGAGUGGAGCCGCGUUUCUUGUGCCGCGGACACGUGCCGGAGGGAUCGACUGCCCAGGGUUGGCCGGUGGGCGCCGAAUUGGAGGCGGUGGCGAACGGCGCGCUGACCACCUCGUUGAAGCAACUCGCCUCGCUGCUCACCAUCGCCGAGGACAUCUUUGCGGAACUGACUGCCGAGUUGACCGCUGUUGCCGAUCGGAGCAGCAAUCUGCGCCAAAGGAUAGACAAGGUCGAGGAGCGUCUCGCCACCGUCGACCCGAAGAAAGUACCAGUCCCGGAAUCGGAUAUUUGCACGUUCGCGACGAGGACGGAACAUUUUCACAUGGUUAACAAACCAUCGACGGCGUUGUUCACAUCGGACACCAGGCCGAAAGCCUUGAGGGAAUUGUACGAGGCUGCCGCUAUAGUCGCUGUCAGAAGUUUGGAUAGCCUGAGAAGGGAUGGCAGCUCCAUGGAUAUGUUCCUGUGCACGCCUGUCCUUGGCAAGAGAAGGCGAGACCAAAGUCUCGACAUCGAGUCCAGGAUCCCGGCGGCUAUCGAGGAUCUGCGAAGAUGGACGUCCACGGAGGCGCUCGGGGACGUCACAGUGCCGCCCGAUUGCAUGUCCAGGAUCCUGGGAGAUACGACGACCGACGACGCCGUCGAUCACAAGCUUCCCAGCCCAGAGGAACAGGUCCAAGCCAUCGCUCUCAAAUUCCCGGCGGAAAUCGUGGCGGUGGACGUGAGCGGAAGAGGAUUCGAGAGAAUGUCGACGAGGAGAAGAUCUCUGCUGUCUGGGCCGGAGAGCCAAGAGACAGCGGUGAAGAGGCGAUCGCGGCCUCGAAGGCCCAGAGGAAAAAGACGAAACACGAUCGCUGGUACCGAUCAGAAAGAAAUUCGACAGGCUAUAGGAGGCGAAACGACCGGAGAGGAGGCGGAGGAGGCGAUAUCGAACAUGGGAUCGAGGGCUCAUCGAUCAGCGAGCACGGACAUAUUGGGUUCGUCGAAGAAGGACUCUCCCGCGGAAAAGAAGUCUCACUUCAACACGCUGAAGGCGUGGGGUAUGUCCAGAUUGAAACUGAUCAGCCCGAAAUCGAGCCAGCAACAACAACAGCAGCAACAACAGCAGCAACAGCAGCAGCAGCAGGAGCAACAGCAGCAGGAGGGGACGGAGAGGCGCAGGAAGGACAAGUCUCACGAAAGGAAGCCGAGCUCGUCGAGCUCGAGCGGGAAGAGCACCUCGAGCAUACCUGUAUCCGUGCCGAGCGGCGAGAGACAACCGAGCGUGAAAUUGCGCGAAAGCGCGGCCCAAAGGAGGGAAAGACGAAAGGGAGGGAGCAGGGACGAGCCGCCUCAUUCCAGUUCUGGAAACUGGAGUGCGUCCUCCGAAAGCGGAAGGGCGAGUAUCGGAAGCGAGACGACCACCACGACGCACCAGCCGAGAUCGACGACGACAGCUUCGAUCGGGACCUCAUCGACAUCGUUGAGCCACGUGAGGCGUUUCAAAGGGCGAGACACGUCGACCUCGUCCUCCGUGACUUCGGAGGGCACGUUGACCCCGGACAUCAUACAGGACAUAGCCGUGGUACCGUUCUCGGACGACGGCGAGACAUCGUCCGUGUAUUCCUGCGACACGGAGGGUUACUACACCUCGUUCCACGUGGACUCCGGGCUGAAGACGCUGAGGGAAGAGGACCCCGUCCCCCAGUGUCCGCUUACGAAGUCGAGCGAUGUCAGCUCCGAUCCUACCUCGCCCAUCAUCGAGAACGAGUAUGAACUGUUCGGAAGGGGGUCCACGUCGACGACCACCAGCUCCGCGGGCACGGUCUGCACAGCUUUGAUGGCGCCACCCCCGCCGGAACGAAAAUCCAGCCUAACCGUCGUCGCUAUGGUGCACGGGCCGAAUCAAAAUGGCGGCGAGUCGCCGGACAGCGGGCACAACACCUCGUCAUCGCCCGUGGAGUCGGCCUCGAGCCCCGCCUGCACGGGGAGGUCGUGCUCGGAGUUCGAGUACUCCGAGUCGAGCGAUCUCGAGGGGUGCGAGAGGAUCGAGAGGAUCCGCUCGAAGACAGCGAUCAACACCAGCCGUAUACCGUCCAUGUGCGUGAUCACCCCUCCCGGCUCGGACGACGAGCAGCAGCAGCAGCAGCACGCGAGGGACACGGAUCAGGCGAGUAAUAAAAAGGCGGAGGGGAGGAAGAUGACCGAUCUUCAAACGGGAGGAUCGGUGCUAAUGUCGGCUACGGUCGGCACCUCGAAGAUGGAGGUGAUCAACGGCCAGGACAAGAAUCUGUACGCUACGAUCCAGGUGUUGCCCUCGCCCACGAGCGAGAAGGCGACGAUGGUCGGCCAGGCAGCCAAGAUCAGCCCGUUGAGCGGCGUUCUGGGCAAGCUUCGCGGCGUGCUCCCCGGCAGGAAGCACGUGUUGAAGGGCGGCGUGGCGGAUCAUCACCAGGGGGGAGGAGACUCCGGCGACUAUGUAACCAUAGCCGACGUGAGAAAUAACAACGACAAGAGGCAGGAUUCGGCCUCCUGCUCGACACCGGCCACGCCGGCCGCCCGCUCCCCCGUCACCUAUGCCAACUCGGACAUAUUCAAGAAGGACGCGGAAUACGUGAGCUUGAGCGAAUUGCCGAAGAAGCCGGACUCGUCCUUGGAGAGGAAGAGGCAGGGCGCCAGGGUCACGUUGGACUCGGAGGGCAAGGUCGUUUACUCGUCCGACAGCUUGAAGAGGAGGAAGGGGGCGCACACCACGUUUAAUCCAGGUCCGUUCGUGAGAGAGGGCGUGUCGCCGAGUCCAUCCCCCCUGCUCCACCGCGCAACCCCGAACGUUCGAGCAGUGACGAGGAGUUGCAGCGACACGGUGGACGGCGCGACGGGCAAAUCGACGCCGCCCACGUCCCCCCAAUUAGGCAAGGUGAUCAUCAGGGCGGCGAGAAGUCCCGACCGGGCGGCCAGCCCGGAUUACGUGAGAACGCCGACGACCGUGGUCGGCCCGACGAGCCCCACCACGGCCCACCGCCAAGUGCGCGGGGCGUACGUCAACGUGCAGGAGGACGAAGACAACACGCUGUUGGCGAUAGACUCGUCGGUACCUCCCCACGGCUUGGUCCAACCGCCGCCUUACAUUUCACCCCCCAAUUCCGAGCAGUGUCGAAAGAAAGACAGGAUCCAAGAGAUCUCCACCAACCGCCCCGCCCCCCACAAGAUUCAGAAUGAAAAGCAGCAGACUUGCGGCCGACAAUCAUCGGCCGCCAAGAUUCAUUCAGAUCCCAGGCGGAACCUGUACGAGGCCAACAACAAGCUGACGUUCGACCAGACUGGUAAUCCGUUGGAUCGCAACGAUUCGCAACGCGUUCGCGAUCCCCGUCGAAUCGUGGACAUGAGGAACGCGAGGAAUCAGCAGUACUACGCCCCGCCGAAGGACUCGAGCCAACAAUUUUACACGUUGCCCUCGAGAAGGCCGCAGAGGGACGUGGAGCCGCCUCGAAGCGUCACGCCGGACAUCACGAGGGGUCUUGGGCGAGGGGGCACGAUGCACGUGCUCGCGAGGCACGGGCACAGGGCGAUGAUGGAGCAGGAUUGUAAUCGGUACGGCUCGCAGGCGGAGCUGAACAAGAGGAACUCGGAGGCGGAGAACAGGUUGAUGCAGAAUCACGAGCAUUCGUCGAUUGUGGAUAUCAGAAAUAGAUUCGCAACACCAUUAGGGCUGACAGCGCUUGGAUAUCGAUUCUUCGCGUCCUCGCCUGUUCGUGAUCCCAUUACGAAGUCUCCUAGCGCUGACGCGUUAAAGUACAAUCCAAUUUCACCGAUCGGGCACGGAUACGGUAACAGUUUCAAGUCGUCGACGCCUACGGGCCGCAGUGUGCCAACUGUUGCCGAACGUUUGGCACUCACCGCCAACAACAAUUCCUCCUCCUCGAUGCCCAAUUCCGGAAGGAGCACCCCCGUCCAAACCUCGUCGGGGAGGAGCACCCCCACCAAUCUCCUCUCGCCUACCAAGAGCACGAUGUCGAACGAGGAAUUGUUCGCGGCGAUCCACAAGUCGAAGAAGAGAUUGAACAUAAGGGACGAAAGCGAAAAUCUCUCUCCUUACGGGUCGACGAGCUCGCUGGUGAAGAUGACGAUCGGGAACAAGAACGAUUGGAACUGCGCCGAAUUGCAGAAAUCUUCAACGGUAACUCAGACGUCCAAUCAACCGCCAUCACCGGCCACAUCUCGCCUCGACUUCAAACGGCUUCUCCUGCAGCAGAGCGUGAAGACGGGUCCGGCGAGGCUCUCGGCCGCGGAACAGUUGAAACUGUCGCGGCAGCAGUGCCAGCAACAGCAGCACCAGCACCAGCAGCAACAGCAACAAUCGUCGCCCGGCGUCCAGCAAACAGCGUCCCUAGCCAAAGUUCUCAGCCCGCGCUCGAUAUGGAGGUUUCAAACGCCCCGCACGGACGUGCUCUCGUCCACGAUCAUCGAGGACACGGCGGCCGAGGAGAAGGCGAUGAAACCGUCGCCCGAGAACGCCUCGCCGGUGUCGAGGGUGAACGCGAGGCGACAGCUCGAUCUGUGCAACGAUCUGCCCGACGAGGACUCGCGAGACCUCGAGCGGACGAUCGACGAGAGGACGUUGAACGACGCGGAUCGCUCGAAGUCGGAAGCCGCGAACGGGCAACGAGAGGCGGCGGAUAAUUGCACGGAUAAUUCCUCGACGACGACGAUCCCUUAUCCGGUGAAUUGCGCUCAGCUGACGCCCUCGUGCCAGCAGGCGAUAAGCGCCUUCGAGUCGAGGAGGAUCAGCAAUCAGCUUGCGAGGGCGCAGUUCUUGGCCGGCACGCCGACCACCGCACCCGCUCAAGGGGCCACGAAGACGAUCUUCCGCGCCAGGUCCGAGUCCCCUCAGAAUAACUCGAUGCAGAGCGUGGCGCGUAGCCCCAGCGUGCCGACAUUGGAAACCGCCCUGUGAUCGUUCCUCCAAUGAUUAUGCGCCUUAUUGCGCGGGGACCGGACUUUGUCUAUCGUUUCUUCUUUCUUUCUUCUCAAUUAUCUCUUUGCGGGGAUUAUCCCAAUAUGGAUAAGUAAUUGCGCGCGCACUUUUUAAUUGGUGGAUGCGUAGGGAAGGAUUUUAUGUAUCUACAUAUGUGGAUGAUUCUGGAUUUCAAGUUUCUUUGGAUCAUUUUUCAAAGUUCAAUAUUUUUGAGUAACUCUUUCUUUAAUUUUAUUUCGAAAUGAAUUGUAAUUUUUAAUUGGGGGAUGCUAAGUAUUUGGCGUAGGAAAAGAUUUUAUGUAGAUAUCUACAUAUGUGGAUGAUUCUGGAUUUCAAGUUUCUUUGGGUCAUUUUUCAAAGUUCAAUAUUUUUGAGUAACUCUUUUCUUAAUUUUAUUUCGAAUUGUAAUUUUUAAUUGGGGAAUGCUAGGUGUUUGUAGGAAAAGAUUUUAUGUAGGUAUCUACAUAUGUGGAUGAUUCUGGAUUUCAAGUUUCUUUAGGUUAUUUUUCAAAGUUCAAUAUUUUUGAGUAACUUUUUCUUUAAUUUUAUUUCGAAAUGAAUUGUAAUUUUUAAUUGGAGGAUGCUAAGUGUUUGGCAUAGAAAAAGAUUUUAUAAAAGAGGAUGUAGGUAUGUAUCUUACCUAUGUAAAUGAUUCUGGAUUUCAAGUUUCUUUGGAUCAUUUUUCAAAGUUUAAUACUUUUGAAUAACUCUUUUCUUAAUUUUACUUCGAAUUGUAAUUUUUAAUAGGAAAAGAUUUUUGAAAGAGGAUGUAGGUAUCUAUAUGAAUGAUUCUGGAUUUUAAGUUUCUUUCGGUUAUUUCUCAAAGUUAAAAUAUUCUUAAGUAAGUCUCUUCUUAAUAUUUUUACUGAAACGUUGUGUCUGGUCCUCAACAACUAAUAGUGGAAAUUUUCUUACCAUUCUCAAAACUCUGACUGAAGAUAUAGAAAUAACGUUGAAUAUUUAAUAUUAGAUUCACGCAAAAGUUCAUCAUUUUUUUUGUUGAACUCGAAUAAUCUGAAGUAAAAAAAUUAGAGAUACGUUUCAAUCUUUUUUUUUUUUUUUUCUUAUUUAAUACAUAAUGGAUUCGUAUUCGCAUCGAUCAGAAUUAUUUAAUUGCAAUAAAAAUCAUUGCGAAACGAAUGAACUUUUGUAUUGGCCUAAUGAUAAUAGAUGACAAUCACGUUCGUUUGAUUAUAUAUUCAUUCCUUUACUAGGAUGAAGGACAAUAAUUAAGACGCAUUACCACAAAGUGGCAGUAGUAGUAUUAUACAGUAUUGGAUUGCUUCAUUGAAUUGCGGAAGUUGAACAGAUUUGCAUUUGGAAUCGAGAUUAAAAAAAAAAGAUAUCACCGAUUCGUUGAAAUUUAUUAAAAAAAAAUAUUACGCAAAUGGAAUCGAAGACCUUGGUAAACAUUUCGUAUCGUAUUAUGAAUUAUUAAUAUCGUAAUGCAUAACGUUGAAAGCAAUAAAUCUUCAUGAUGCAAAUAAUCUUCUCGAUAAUUUAAAUAGUGAUAUAAGUAUAUGCGAUAAUAUAUAUUUUAUGCCUUGUAUCGAAGAGGAUUCUUCAUUGGGGGAGGGGAGAGGGAGGGGAGGGUGGGGAGACCGAUGACUAAAAAAAUCACGAACGUUAUUAUAGAUAAAUAUUCAAGUGAAAUAUUAUGCUUGAUUUACGAUAUUUUUGCAUUUUAUCGUUGUUCCAUCCACCUUAUGUAUGUUUGUUUAUUUAUCAACCUUCGUUCAUUUCUUCGUUUUUCUCUUAACACUAGGACUACCAAACUAUAUAAUAUACACAUACCUAAAUAUAUAUUACGUUAUAAAUGAUUAGAUUUAAAAGUUUUUAUAAUUUUAGGAUUUUAUGAAAAUAAUUAGAUGUACACGUGUAAUUAUAUUUUUGUUCCAAGAUAGAUAUACAAUCUGCACAAUUUUAAUAAUUUUAAUGCAAAAAUCUGUGACCAGUUUGGUAAUUCUAAUGUUGUGAACAACAAAAAGUGUGUUGUACGAGAUUUAGAUCAUCGUCUUUUCGGUUUUCUUUUUUUUUUUUUUUUUGGAGGUUCGUGAUCACUCGACAAAACGUAUGUAUAUCCUUUUAAGGUAUUAAUUUAUUAUAUCGGAGACACGUAGGAGGGGGAAGAUUCUGUAAAUAGCACGCAACAUUUGUAAUUUAAAAAAGAAAAAAUUAAAGAAAAGGAAAAAAAAACGAAUGCAUUUCGCUUUAAAUGAAAAGGAAAAGGAUAAAAAAGAAUCGCUUGCUUGUCUAGUCGGAGUAGUUUCUUAUUCAAAAAAUUCUGAACGAUGAUCCUCGGAUCCAUUUCUAUUAUUCGCGGGAAAACGAGCGUGUAGAAAUCGUAUUAUUAUUAUAAAUGAGUAUGGCAUGUAAUGGAAAUUAAAGCUUUACGAAUAUCGGGUGGUGAAUAGUAAUAUAUUCAAAGAUGAUUAACGCAUAGAGUUACGACAGAGUUGCCUUAAUUAAAUUAUUAUUAAUAUUAUUAUUAAUAUUAUUAUUAUUAUUAUUACGAGCUAUGCCACGAUGAAUUUGUGAAAACGAUGAAGCGUUAGAUUUUAAGCUGGACACGUGUUUUGUACUUUGCUCAGAAUAAAAAAAAAAAAAGAAGAAAAAAACAGAAACAUACUUUAUUGAAA